GCAGGGACUGGGGGCGAAAGCUCCACCCACCCGCCGUGUUCUCCAUGUGACCCCGAGGGCCAUGACCUCUUCCUGCGCACACAGAUCCCCCCCGGCUCUGUUCUCCGUCCCUGUACCUCCGGCAUGCCGAGCUCUGACCCUUGUGCCCAGCGCUCCUUGCCGGCGAACUCCGCAUGCGCCCCGCUGCCCUGGUCCUUCCCUGCGCGGUGCCUGGCUCGGCGCCCCCUGCCAACCUCCAUAUGCUGAUGGGCUUUUCCUGCGCAGGUGCUGAGGAGCUCGGAAGAGAUAGCAGCGCUGUACCGCGAGCUCAGCCAGUGCCCCUCGCUUUGCAGUGCCUGCGUCGGGCCCGAGGUCACCACUCAGUACGGGGGCAAAUACUGCAAUGUCUAUACAGGCUGCUGAGCAGGGAGUCUCCCAGUGGGGCACUUAAGGCCGUUUUGCGGAAAGCCAGCCCUGGCAAAGGCGAGGAGAAGCAGUUCCUUGAGAUCUGGGAUCAGAAUCGCAAGGUGAAGAGCAUCAACCUGACGGUGCUGGAGAAGCAUGGCAAUGUCUAUGAGGAUGAUCAGUUUGGCUGCUUGUCCUGGUCACACUCGGAGACUCACCUGCUUUAUGUGGCCGAGAGGAAACGGCCCAAGGCCGAGUCCUUCUUCCAGAGCAGAGACCCGGAGCUGAGCAGCGGCUGUGCUGAUGAGAGACGCGACACGGCUGUCAAGGGGGAGCAGUUCGUGUACCACGACGACUGGGGCGAGGCACUGGUGGGCAAGAGCAUCCCGGCCCUAUGCGUGCUGGACAUGGAGAGUGGCAAUGUCUCGGUGCUGGAGGGUAUCCCGGAGCACAUCUCCCCUGGGCAGGCUUUCUGGUCCCCUGGUGACACGGGUGUGGUAUUCAUAGGCUGGUGGCAUGAGCCCUUCCGCCUGGGCCUGCGGCACUGCACUAACCGCAGGUCAGCGCUGUUCUAUAUGGACUUGACGGGAGCAAGGUGUGAGCUGCUGUCAGAUGACACCAAAGCCGUGUGGUCCCCACGCCUGAGCCCUGACCAGUGCCGCAUCGUGUACCUAGAGAAUGGCGUACUCGGGCCCCACCAGCAGUGCAGCCGCCUCCGCAUGUAUGACUGGUACACGAAGGUCACCUCCACCGUGCUGGAUGUCGUGCCCCGGCACAGCCAGGGAACGUUCACAGGGAUCUAUUGUCCGGCACUGCCGGGCCUGUGCUGGGCAGCCGAUAGCCAGAGGGUCAUCCUGGACACCGCUCAGCGCAGCCGACAGGAGUUGCUUGUGGUGGAGAUGCUGAGUGGCAACGUGACCUCCCUGACGACGGGUGCCCCCCUGGGCAGCUGGUCUCUCCUCACCAUUGACCGGGAUCUCCUGGUGGCCAGGUUCUCAACCCCCAGCUGCCCCCCCACAUUGAAGGUGGCCUUCCUCCCCAGGGCUGGGCAGGAGGCCCAGGUGCACUGGGUGUGUCUGGAAGACGUGACCCCCAUCCCAGAGAUCAGCUGGACGAUCCGGACCCUGCAGCCCCCACCCGACCAGGAGAACCCGAAGUACAAGGCUAUCGAUUUCGAAGCCAUCCUGCUACAGCCCAGCAAGGGGCUAGGGCCGAGGAAGCUGCCCCUGGUGGUCAUGCCCCAUGGAGGCCCACACUCUGUCUUCACGGCCAGCUGGAUGCUGUACCCUGCAGCGCUCUGCAGGAUCGGCUUCGCCGUGCUCCUGGUGAAUUACCGUGGUUCGCUGGGCUUUGGCCAGGAUAGCAUUGCCUCCCUGCCCGGUCAUGUGGGCUGCCAGGAUGUCAAAGACGUGCAGUACUGCGUGGAGCAGGUGCUGCAGGAGGAGCCCCUAGACUCAGCGCGGGUGGCACUAGUGGGUGGCUCACAUGGGGGCUUCCUUGCUUGCCACCUCAUCGGCCAGUACCCAGAGACUUACCAGGCCUGUGUGGCAAGGAACCCAGUCGUCAACAUGGCCUCCAUGAUCAGCGGCACCGACAUCCCGGACUGGUGUCUGACUGAGACCGGCUUCCCCUAUGCACCCAACACCCUCCCGGAUGCAUCCCACUGGGCAGAGAUGCUCCACAAGUCACCCAUGCAAUACAUCGCCCAGGUUCGGGCACCUGUGCUCCUGAUGCUGGGAGAAGAGGAUAGGCGUGUCCCCCCCAAGCAGGGACUGGAGUACUACCGUGCUCUUAAGGCCAGGGGCAUUCCUACCCGACUGCUGCUGUACCCCAAGAACAGCCAUGCGCUCUCUGGCGUAGAGGCUGAGGCCGAUGGCUUUAUGAACAUGGCGCUCUGGCUGCUCCAGCACCUGCAGUCCUGAUAGGGGCUGUGCUCCACAUCUGCCUGAGCCCUGUAACUUGUUUCCAAUAAACCCACGGCUCAUCUUU